UGUAUAGUUGUGAGUAUGUAGGGCAGUGACUUAAAUAUCAACCAUCAUGUCUUAAUCUCAUGUUCUAAGGCACUCCUGGUCACCUACUUUCCUAGUGUUCAAAAUCAGAAGUUGAUUGGCGCGAGAAAACGAACAAGAGAGAGGAGAUAGAAAAUGGAGGUGAUGAGAAUGGCGAUAUCAGGAACACAAAGGGGGAAAUUGAUAUCAGCUGGAUACACUUCUCUCUCCUCUCUUUCUUCCGUUUCGCCUUCUCUUCUUGCCAAAGAUUUAAAUAUUUCCGAAGUUGAAGCUCUUGAAAUAUUGAAGGCUGCAUCACAUAGCAGCAGACUGGACACGUCUGGUGGAGAUCAUGCUAUUCUUACUGGUGCUCAAAAUGCUUGGGAAAUGUUGCAUGAGGACUCAUGUGUACGGAUCACUACAUCUUCUGCUGAUGUAGAUGACAUCCUUGGUGGUGGUAUAAGCUGCAAAGAAGUUACUGAGAUAGGUGGAAUACCUGGCAUUGGCAAAACACAAUUUGGGAUUCAACUUGCAAUUAAUGUCCAAAUUCCAGCUCACUUUGGUGGUCUUGGGGGAAAAGCAAUUUAUGUAGAGGGAAGCUUCAUGGUGGAGCGUACUUUACAGAUCGCUGAAGGAUGCAUUGAAGAUAUGGAGAAGGAUAAACACUUUCGGCAAAGGGAUAUCCGAGCUGUUAAAGAAAAAUUGCUUCCCAAAGAUUUCUUGGCUAACAUAUUCCAUUUUAGGAUCUGCAGUUACACUGAGCUAAUUGCGAUGAUAAAUCAUCUGGACAAAUGGGUCUCAGAGCACAGAGAUGUCAAACUGGUUGUAAUUGAUAGUGUUACAUUUUAUUUCCGUCAAGAUUUCGAGGACAUGGCCCUUAGGACAAGGAUUCUCGGUGAAAUGGCACUGAAAUUGAUGAAGCUUGCAAAGAAGUUCAAUCUGGCAGUGGUUCUAUUAAAUCAAGCGGCGACCAAGUGUGCAGAAGGAUUAUAUCAACUAACUCUAGCACUAGGUGACAGUUGGUCUCACGCAAGUACAAACAGGAUCAUCUUAUUCUGGAAAGGGGAGGAACGUUGUGCUUAUAUUGACAAGUCAGCCUCUCUUCCAUCUGCCUCUGCACCAUAUUCUAUUACGAGUGAAGGAAUCAGAAACUCCAUUACAAAUUGUAAAAGAAUCAGAAUGAUGUGAAGUUUGUGAAAUUAUCUCUAUUCAGUGGAUCUCAAUAGGCUGGCAGAAAGGAGAAAUCGCUGUGGUUUGUCACUUGUUUGUGUUCUCUGCAUAGCUUGUAUAUUUAUCGGUGUUCCUCUUUUCAGCUGCAGUUGUCUGUUAAAUUAGUUGGAGUUGCAUUCAAGAAAUCAAGUUGUUUGUUAAACUAGCCGGAGAUUGCAUUUAUCUUGGAGAUUUUUAUUCUUUUCAA